CCGUUUUACUUUUUUUCCUCUCUCCGGUGGUUCUUCUUUUCUUUUAUUAGCAAUGGGAGUUCUCGAUUUCGUAAAACCAGGCGUGGUUACUGGCGAUGAUGUUACAAAAGUAUUAAAUUAUGCUAAAGAAAAUGGUUUUGCUAUCCCCGCUGUUAAUUGUGUAUCUUCUUCAUCCAUAAAUGCUUGUCUUGAAGCGGCCAAAAAAGUUAAUUCCCCUAUAAUAAUUCAAUUUUCAAAUGGUGGUGCUGCGUAUAUGGCUGGUAAAGGUCUUGAUAAUAAAGACCAGAAGGCAGCUGUUUUGGGAGCUGUAGCUGGAGCAAAUCAUGUUCAUUCUUUAGCGGAAGCUUAUGGGGUAGUGGCUUUAGUGCAUACCGAUCACUGCGCGAAGAAACUUUUACCGUGGCUUUCUGGCUGCCUUGAGUUUGGAGAAAACUUUUAUAAAAAAACAGGAAAGCCGUUAUUUUCUUCUCACAUGAUUGAUCUUUCUGAAGAGCCUCACGAAGAAAAUGUUAAAAUUUGCAAGGAAUUUUUGGUUAGAAUGGAAAAGAUGAAAGUAACUUUGGAGAUGGAAAUUGGUAUUACGGGCGGCGAGGAAGAUGGCGUGGACAAUACUAAAGUCGAUAAUAAAAAACUUUACUCGCAACCGGAAGACAUUGAACUUGUUUGGGAAAAUCUUUCUUCUGUUUCUAAGCGAUUCACCAUCGCCGCUGCUUUUGGAAAUGUUCAUGGAGUAUAUAAACCGGGAAACGUGCGAUUAAGGCCUGAUCUACUUGGAGACUUUCAAAAACAUAUUAAAGAAAAGUUUCGUUUAUCUUCGGAUAAGCCAGUCACUUUCGUGUUCCAUGGCGGUUCCGGUUCGGACUCGAAAGAUAUCGAAACUGCUAUAAAGAAUGGAGUUGUGAAAAUGAAUAUUGAUACCGACACGCAGUGGGCUUAUUGGGAUCGUUUACGGUGUUAUUACGAAGAGAAUAAGGAUUUCUUGCAAAGUCAAAUUGGAAAUCCUAAAGGAGACGAUAAACCCAAUAAAGCUUAUUACGAUCCGCGAAAGUGGCUUCGGGAAUGCGAGGAAGGCAUGAUUGCACGCAUUGAAGUUGCUUAUAAACACUUGAAUUGUGUAAAUAGGAAUUAA